AUGAAUAACACCCCCCUACUCCACCACCUCGUCCUUCUUCUUCUGCUACCAUGCACCCUAGUAUACACCAUCACCACCGUCACUUCAUCCUCCGCCAACCAGGCUUACCCCACCCUCACCGAGGACUGCUCAGUGUCCGGUGAGGAUAUCCCUGUGCCCAUACGGAGGGAGGUUUAUGAUUACGGUCGAAUAUUUGACAUCAGCCACAGGUACACCCCUGACAUGCCCAGUUAUGGCGUCAAGGACGGGCUUGGGGAAUUCCUGUCGCUUGGCAUGAGCAUCAAAAAUGGCUCGGACGCCAACGUUUCCGUGAUGAAGUUCAGUGUCCACUCCGGCACCCAUGUGGACGCGCCGGGUCAUGUCUUCGACCAUUACUACGAUGCUGGCUUUGAUGUUGAUGCGCUUGACCUCGAAUUCUUAAAUGGUCCUACACUGGUGGUUGAUGUUCCGAGGAAUAAGAACAUAACUGCUGAAGUCAUGGAGGCUUUAAAUAUUCCUAAAGGGGUGCGUCGUGUGCUUUUCAGAACCCUAAAUACCGACAGGAAGCUUAUGUGGAAGAAAGAGUUUGAUACAAGCGCUGUAGGGUUUAUGGAGGAUGGGGCAAAAUGGCUGGUGGACAACACAGACAUUAAACUUAUAGGGCUUGAUUACUUAAACGUCGCAGCUUCUGUUGAUGUAUUACCAGUUCAUUAUGCGUUUCUACAAGGCCGGGAGAUGGUUCUUGUUGAGGGUUUAAAGCUCGAUGGAGUUCCAGCAGGAAUAUAUUCUGUCCAUUGUUUGCCUUUAAGGUUGAUCGGUUCUGAUGGAUCGCCAGCAAGAUGCAUCCUCAUCAAAUAA